AUGGAAAAAUAUGAUAUUUACUAUAACAGUAACGAGGAAUAUUACGGUGAUGUUGCAGUUAUUGGCAUAGGUUUGAGAUUUCCAAGUGGUGAUUUAAAUGAAUCAAUUUCAAAACCAAAUCAAUUAUUUAAUUCAUUAUUAAAUGGAUUAAAUGGAAUUGUUACUACUUCUGAAAGAUGGUCUGAUAAUUAUUAUUUAAAUGGUGAAAUUAAUUCAGUUUCCGCUGGUUUAUUACCUCUUGAUGAAUGGAAACGAUUUGAUCCAAUAUUCUUUGGAAUUAAUCCAAGUUAUGAUAAUGUUGUUACAAUUGAUCCUCAACAAAGAUUAUUAUUAAAAUGUGUAUGGGAAGCAUUAGAAGAUAGUGGUAUUGAUCCGAUUAGUUUACGUGGUACAAAUACAAGUACAUUUAUUGGUAGCAGUACUACUGAUUAUGGUAGUCUUCAAAAAUCACCAUUUGAAACUCAAAAUAAUAUCUUUGGUUCUUCAAAUCAUUCAGUUGCGAAUAGAAUCGGUUAUAACUUUGACUUUAGAGGUGAGAAUUUUACAAUUGAUUCAGCUUGCUCCAGUUCUUUAAAUGCAAUUAAUUGUGGAUACAAUUCAAUCAAAUCAAAUAAAUCAAAUGUAUCAGUUGUUGGUGGUGUUAAUUUUAUAUUAGACCCACAUGUUUCAAAAUCAUUCACACAAUUGAAUAUGUUAAGUCCAACUGGUAAAUGUCAUUCUUUUUCAUCGGAUGCUGAUGGUUUUGUUCGUUCAGAAGGUGUUGGAAUAGUCAUAUUAAAGAAACUAAAAGAUGCAAUUAAAGAUUCAAAUAAUAUCUAUUGUGUAAUCAAAGGUUCAAGUUCAAAUGUGGACGGAAACUAUGAUAAAUUAAACUUUUAUUCACCAUCAAAAUCAUCUCAAUAUGAAAAUAUGAAAUUAGCAAUCAAAUCAACCAAUGGUCAAAUCAAUGAAUCUGAUAUUGAUUAUUGUGAAGCUCAUGGUACUGGUACUCCAACUGGUGAUCCAAUUGAAUUAGAAGGUAUUUCAAGACUUUUCGAUCAAAAUAACAAUAACAAGAAACAAGUUUUAGUUGGCUCAAUCAAAUCAAACAUUGGACACACUGAAGCAUGUUCUGGAGUUGCAUCAUUAAUUAAAUGUUGUAUAAUGUUUAAGAAUAAACUAUUUCUUCAAAAUAUUAAUUUCAAAGAAUCAAAUCCAUUAAUAAAUUUCAAAGAAUGGGCAUUAAAAGUCGUAACUGAACCAAUUACCUUCAAUGAAAAUAAAACCACUGUCAUGUUAAUUAAUAAUUUUGGUGUUACUGGUUCAAAUGUUUGUUUAAUAUUAUCAGAAUUUAAAGAUAAACGUUAUAGUAAUGAUGAAAGCAGUAGUGAUAAUUUUUGUGAGCAAAUUGAUAUUGAUAGUAAAGCAAAUGAAAAAAAGAAAUUUUUAAUACCACUCUCAAGUAAUUCAUCAACAUCAUUAGAUAAUUAUAAAUCCAUAAUAGUCAAUAAUAAUGAUGAUGAUUCGAAUUCAUCAACAAGAAGUUUUCAAGAAUUUGUUUAUAAUCAAAUCAAAUUCAAAUCAACAUCAUUAAUUCAAAAAUCAGUUAUAAUUGCAAGUGAUUGGAAUGAAUUUCAAGAUGAUGAUAAUCAAAUAAAGUUGAAAAAUAGUGAAAGUUUAAUUUCAAAUAUUACUGUUGAAAAAAAGAAAUCACCACUCACAGUAAUAGUAUUUUGUGGCCAAGGUUCACAAUAUAAUAGAAUGGCAUUAUCACUAUACGAGAAUGAACCAAUAUUCAGAGAAUCAGUGAAUAGAUUCGAUAAAGAGUUAUUCAAGUAUUAUGGUUAUUCAGUUUUAGAUAGAUUAAGAUCAGUCAGUGAUAAAGAUGAAAUAUCAAUCCAUCUACCAAUUUUAGCACAACCAGCAAAUAUAAUGAUUCAAAUAUCACUCUAUGAACUAUAUAAACAUUGGGGUGUUUCAGCAGAUAUCAUCGUUGGUCAUUCUCUUGGUGAAUUAUCAUCAUCCUAUUCAUCAGGUAUGAUCGAUUUUGAAACAUUGUGUCACUUAAUCUAUCAUAGAUCAUUGGCUCAAAACAAAACUACAGGUACAGGUAGAGCGCUUUCAGUCAAUAUUAGCUAUGAUGAAUUUAUUGAGAGAUAUCAAUCCAAAAACAAUAAAUACGAAACACUUGAAAUUGCAUGUUACAAUUCACCAACAUCAAUCGUUAUUGCAGGUAAAGAAGAUCUAUUAAAUGAAAUUUCAAAAGAAUUUAAAUCAAAUGAUAUCUUUUGUGCAAUGUUAGGAUCAUUAUCAUCAUUUCACACAUCAAGUCAACUUAUGAUAAAAGAUGAAGUAUGCUCAUUGGUAUUUAAAUCAAAACUACCAUCAGUACCAGUAUUUUCAACAGUUACAACCAAUUUAUUCAAUGAUCAAACACCAUAUAAUGCCAAUUAUGUAUGGGAGAAUAUUCGCCAACCAGUAUCAUUCACACAGACCAUCAGCAAUCUUUACAAACAUAUCGAGUCUAAUGAUAUGGGUAAUGAAAUUACAUUCAUUGAAGUUGCACCACAUCCAACAUUACAAUUUUACUUGAAUCAAAUGAAAUCAACUCAAUCAAGUUACUUUAAUAAUGGCAAAAGCGUUACAAUCUAUUCACCAUUACAUAAAAAGAAGAAUGAUUAUAAUGAAUUUUUAAAGACAAUCUCUUUAUUAUAUGUUAAUAAUAAUUUUAACAUUAAUUUUAAAUCACAAUUAACUAACAUCAAUAAUAAUAAUAAUAAUAUUAAUAAUAAUAAUAAUAAUAAUAAUAAUAAUAAUAAUAAUAAUAAUAAUAAUAAUAAUAAUAAUAAUAAUAAUAACAAAAUAAUCCAAUUUAAUAUUAAUAGCUUGCCACUUUAUCAAUGGGAUGAUAAUGAAUACUUUAAAUUAAAUCCAUUUCAUGAAAAGAUUACAAAUGAAGGCCCAUCCAUUCAAAACCUUGGUAAUGGUAUUGAUUCAGCAUGUCCAACAUAUCAAACAUUUAUUGAUAUCAAGAAACCACCAUUUCAAUGGUUAAAAGGUCAUCAAGUCAGUGAUAAAUUUUACUAUCCUGGAAUGGGUUAUGUUCAAAAUCUAUUAUCAAUUUAUCCAAAUCAAGAUAUAACAAUUAGCUCAUUAGAAUUUAAAUCACCAUUAGUAUUAACAGAAGGUAAUAAUCAAUGUUUAGAAACUACAGUUUCUCUCCUCUCAAAGAAUGAAUUCAACGUUAAAAGUCAUUACAAAGAUCAAAAAACAAAUCAAUGGAUAUUAUCAUCACUUGGUAAUUUUAGUUUAUUCAAACAUAACAGUAUCAAUAGUGAAAAAUUAAUUAACAUUCAAGCAUUAAAAGAUAAAUGUAAUUUUACGACAAUAUCAAAACAUGAUUUUUAUGAAUCCAUUAAAAUCAAAACAAAUUUAACAUAUAAAGGUUUAUUUCAAGGUGUAAAAGAAUGCUCAAUUGGUAAUAAUUGUUCACUCGCUGUAGUAUCAUUAAAUGAAAUCAAUAAUCAUACAAUUAGUAAUCAUAGUACUAUUGGUCGUUCAUUAUUUAAUGCUGCAACUUUAGAUUCUUGUUUACAUGGUUCAUUAAUUGCAGUUGCACAACCAGUUGUACUCGAUAGAAUUGAAGGUUUCAAAUUAUACUCUUCAAAUAUUCCAUUAUCAUCAUCUUUGAGCAAAGAUGACAAUGAUAAUAGUAAUAAUAGUUUAAUUAAAGAAUUAUAUAUUUUUACUGAAGAAAAAGCAAGAACUAAUUAUCAAUCGUUUUCAGCAUCAGUUAAAAUCAUUCUUCCAAAUGGUAGAUUAUUAAUGGAGAUCUCAAGGGUGGUUUGUUCAUCAGUUUCACUUGCAAAUCCAAGCAAUACUAUAAUUUGUAAACCACCUUCAAAUGAAAUUUAUACACCAUAUCUUCAACCAAAAGAUUCAAUCAUCAACAAACCUCAACAAUUCAAACAUUUAUAUAGUGUAGAUGAAUUUAUUGCCAAAGAAGAAGAUAAUCAAAUCAUUUCAACUGAAUUGUUAUUAUCAUUAUUUUAUAAACAUAUCAACGUUAGAUGUCCAACUAUAAAUUUAGAAUCAUUAACAACAUUAGAAUAUAAUCAAUUUAAACAACUAUAUUAUAACAACAAUGGUUUAGUAAAUGAAAAUCUUUUCAAAUUCGUUUUUGAAAUCUUAAAGAGUUAUAGUAGUAGUAAUCAUUAUAUUCUUAAUCAUCAUAACAACAGUGAAAACAAAAACAAAAACAACAACAACAACAACAACAGCAACAACAAUGAAAAUAGUAAUAAUGAAUCACCAAUACAUUUUGAAAAAUUAUACAACUUGUAUACUAAAACAACUAAAAUAAUAGCAAAACAAAUAUUCCCAUUAAAAGAUGAUUCAUUUACAGAUACACCACAAUCAUUAUUCGAAAAUGGAUUUUUAGAUGAUUUUUAUAAGAAUUCAAGAGUAGUUCAACCAUUAAAUAACUUAUUAAGUGAAAUUAUAAUUGAAGCACUCAAACCAAUUUUAAAUCAACCAAUUGUAUUUCGUAUAUUAGAAGCAGGUGGUGGUACUGGUAGUCUUAGUUUAUUAAUUUUAGAAAAGAUUUGUAAACUUUUAAAUGCAAAUCCAAACUCAGUCAUUGAUAUCGAAUUCACAUGGAGUGAUGUAUCAUCUUCAUUUUCAGCAGAGAUUAAAGAGAAGUUUUCACCAUUUACAGCUCACAAAAAUUUCAAUAUUAUCCACCGUGUAUUAGAUUUAGAGAAACCAUUAUUUGAUCAAGACUUUAAAACAUCCUAUUAUGAUCUCGUUGUAAUGUCAAAUGUAAUGCAUGUCGUUAAGAAACUUAAACCAACAUUGGAUGAAAUUCAUAAUAUAUUGACACCAAAUGGUCAACUGCUAUUUGUUGAACCACCUUAUAAAUCAAUUAAUUAUGAUUCAGUUUUUUGUUGCUUUUCACAAUGGUGGCCAUCUUCUGAUAGUGAUACCGAGUUAAGACCUGAUAGAAGUUGUAUGAAUCAAGAUAAAUGGAUUAAAAUUUUAAAUGAAACAAACUAUAGAGAUACAAUUAUAUCUGGUAAUGACAAUUUAAUAUUUUUAAUUCAAACAAGAAAACCAUCAAUUAAUGAAAUCAUUUCAAAGCAAUCAUCAGAUUCAUCAUUGGAUCAAUUUAAUUCUUUCAAUAAUAUCAUUUUAUUUGGUAAUAAUAAUUAUGGUUGUAGCCUUCAAAAUUCAAUAUCAUCAAAUCAAGAAUUAAAAAGUAAAACGAUUAAUAUUAAUAAUUUUAAUGAAUUUCAAACAUGGAUUGCAAAUAAUUAUGAUAAUAGUGAUGAUUUUGACAAUAAUAAAACAUUAAUAAUAUUUUUAAAGUCAAUUGAACCAAUUAAUAUUUCAAAUUUCAAAGAAAUAACCUAUGAAUAUAUUCAAAUCAAUCAAUUAAUAUUAAAGUUAGAAUUAACAAAUAAUUUCAAACAUUUAUUAAUAUCAUUGGAUUCAACAACUGAUAAUUAUUUAUCAUCAUCAAUUAUUGGUGCAGCACGUUAUUUCGUUGAGUAUCCACAAUUAGAUUUAUAUAUUUUAAACUAUGACAUAAUUUCUUUGAAAAUUUUAAAUAAUAAUAGCAGUAGCAGUUGUAAUAGUAGUAAUGGUAGUAUUAGUAGUUGUAGUUGCAAGCAACAACAAUUAUCAUUAAUCAACUAUUUAAUCAAUACAAAUAAUAAUAUUCAAAAAGAAUUUACAAUUAAUAAUAAUAAAGUAUACUAUGAAAGAUAUACUAGACAUUCAAAUAAAAUUAAAUGUAAUUUACAAUCAAAAUCAUUUGAAACAAAUAAAGAUAAUUUAUUGAUUCAAUUAGAUUCAAAUUUAGAAUAUCAAUUAUAUAGUAAAAGAGUUGAACCAAACUCAAAAGAAGUAGAGAUCGAAAUUAAAGCAACAGGUAUAAACUAUAAAGAUUAUUUAAUGCAUAUUGGUAUGGUUAGCAGUGAUUUAGAUUUAAAGUAUGGUAAAGAAUAUGAAGUUGAAAAUUGUAUUGGUAUUGAAAAUCCUAUGAUUGGUAACGAUUUUAGUGGUAUUAUUACAAGAUUAGGUAGUGAUGCAGAAAAAAAGAAAUUUAAAGUGGGUGAUCAUGUUUGUGGUGUCGCAUCAAAAACAAGUGGUUCUCAUGUGGUCAUAGAUUAUAAUUUUAUUUAUCAUCAACCUUUAAAUUAUAAUCAUUCAAUUUCAGCAUCAAUUCCAUCGAUAUACGUUACAUCAUUACAUAGUAUCUAUGGUGUUGGUAAUUUAAAAUCAAAUGAAUCCAUUUUAAUUCACUCAGCAGCAGGUGGUAUUGGUAUUUCAUCUUUAGAUUUAUUAAAAUGCAAAAAACAUCAAGGUCAUAUAUUUUUAACAGUUGGUUCAAAAGAUAAAGAAGAUUAUUUAAAAAAGAACUAUGGAUCAUUUAUUACUGCUAUCUAUUCAUCUCGUAAUAAAGACUAUGUCAAUGAAAUAAAGAAUAAAUUAAUUGAAUUAGGAGAAGUCAAACAACAAGGUGUAGAUUUAAUAUUAAACACACUAUCAUCAGAAUUUAUGGAUUCAAAUUUCCAAUGUUUAAAUAUGUCAGGACGUAUCGUUGAUUUAAGUGUUACUCAUCUCACACCAAAUGACUAUAUUGCCAAUAAUCAUUUCAAAUAUAAUAUGGGUUACAAUAAUGUUGAAAUGAUUGAUUUCAAUGGUAAAAUGGUCAGAAGUUAUUUAAAGAAAAUUAUCAAAAUGAUCAAUUCAAACAAAUUAGAGUUAAGUAUACCAAUCAUUGAAUAUUCAAAUAAUCAGUUCAAAGAUGCAAUCGAAUAUAUUAAUCAAAGAAAACAUAUCGGUAAAAUUAUCGUAAAUCAUAAUCAAGAUGAGUUUAAUAGAGUUUAUAAUAAUUAUCAACAAAACAAUAAUAAUAAUAAUCAAAUUAUAAUGAAACAUUCAUAUGAUAUAUCAAAAUUAAAUAUGGGCAAAAAUAUUUUACUCACUGGUCAAACUGGUAUCAUUUUAGAAAUAAUGAAAUACUUGAUUAGAUAUUCAAAUCACUCAAUUCAGAAUAUUAUAAUACUUUCAAAAUCAAAAUUAAAAUGGGAAUUAGAGUUAUUAAUUAAUCAAACUAAAUUUAUCAAAGAUAAUAUCAUUAAAUUCCAUUUUAUUCAAAUCGAUAUUGAAGAUUCAAAUAAAGUCAAUCAAGUAUUGAAUCAAUUAGAACUAAAUGAGAAUAUUACGAAUAUCGAUUCAAUCAUUCAUUUUGCAUUUAAUAAUGAUAUUGGUGAUGUUCAAGAUGUUAAUAUGAAUCGUUUAAAUAUUGCUCAUGGUGCAAAAACAAUUGGAGCCAUUAAUCUUCACAAUGAAUCAAUUAAUCGUUCAUGGAAAAUUAAACAAUUUAUAAUUGCAUCUUCAGUGUCAUCAAUAUUUGGUUCAGAUCAACAAUGUUGUUAUGUUAGUGCUUGUAGCGUUAUAGAUUCAUUAUCAAAGUAUAGACAUUCACUUGGAUUACCAUCUUUAGCAAUUAAUUUAGGUACUGUAGCUUCAACUGGAUUUAUAUCACGUAAUAAUGCAAUUGAAACCAUGUUUAAAAGUUCAUUCUUAAAAUUAUUCUCACCACAACUCGUUAUUAGUUCAUUAGAUUUAUUCAUUCAAAAUCAACGUCAAUAUCCAAAUUAUAGUUUAGUAGAUUUCAAUUUUGAAGUUAUGUUAACUUCACCAAAUUACCAUCUUUAUAAACUUGAUUAUGAAAUUAAUAUUUUCAAAAAAUCAUAUCAAAUCAAUACCAAUUCCAGUAGUGGUAGUGGUAGUGAUAAUGAAUUCAUUCAUUCAACAAUUUUAAACAAAAUCAGUGAAUUACUAUCAAUUGACGAAUCUAAAAUUAAUGAAGAUUUACAACUUACACAAUAUGGUAUGGACAGUUUAGUAAUAGUACAAUUAAAGAAUUUUAUCGAUAAUCAAUUAGGUCAUAAUCUCAUUACAAUUCAUCAACUACAACAUAAUAAAAUCAAUCAAUCAAUUGAUAUUAUUAAAUUUGGUUAUCUAAUUAAUAAAAACAAAUUCAAAUACAAAAAUAAUAAUAAAAAUAAUAAUAAUGGAUAA